AUGGGCACAACUAGGGUUUGCACGGAGGUUUCGAAAUCGAUUAGCCCUUCGGUCACGGUGUCGACCUCUCGCACAGAUACCGUCAAUGGGUACCACGAAUUCAUGAUUAGCGGCUACUCUCUCGCCAAAGGCAUUGGGAUCGGCAAAUACGUCGCCUCCGAUACGUUCAUGGUCGGUGGUUACUCGUGGGCAAUCUACUUCUACCCAGAUGGUAAGAGUCCGGAGGAUAACUCGGCUUACGUUUCUUUGUUCAUUGCUCUCGCCAGCGAAGGAGCCGAUGUCAGGGCUUUAUUCGAGCUCACGCUCGUCGAUCAGAGUGGCAAUGGAAAGCAUAAGGUUCAUAGCCAUUUCGGUAGAGCACUCGAGAGCGGACCCUAUACUCUCAAGUAUCGGGGAAGUAUGUGGGGAUACAAGCGGUUUUUCAGGAGGACUGGUCUAGAAUCAUCUGACUAUCUCAAGGACAAUAGUCUCUUGGUUCGGUGCCGUGUCGGUGUGGUGAAGUCUCGCACAGAGGGACCGAGGAGUUACAACAUCCCUGUGCCAAUUUCUGACUUGGGCCAACAGUUGGGAAAUCUUUUGGAAAGUGGGAAAGGUUGUGAUGUUACUUUCAAAGUCGGUGAAGAAACAUUCCCUGCGCACAAAUUGGUUCUUGCAACGCGUUCCCCAGUUUUCAGGGCACAGCUUUUUGGCCCGUUAGGAGAUCGAAAUACCAAGUGCAUUAAGAUACAAGACAUGGAAUCCCGAAUUUUCAAGGUUUUACUUCAUUUUAUCUACUGGGAUGAAUUACCUGAUAUGCAAGAGUUAAUGGGCACAGACUCUAAAUCGGGUUCUACUCUUGUGGCUCAGCAUCUGCUUGCAGCGGCAGACUGUUAUGCUCUUGAGCGGCUUAAAGCAAUCUGUGAGUCAAAACUCUGUGAAGGGAUCGCCAUAAACACGGUUGCAACCACCUUGGCCCUAGCAGAGCAGCACCAUUGUUUACAGCUAAAAGCAGUCUGUCUCAAAUUCGUUGCUUUGCCAGAGAACCUAAAAGCUGUGAUGCAAACAGAUGGGUUUGAUUAUCUGAAAAAGAGUUGUCCAUCUUUACUAACUGAGCUAUUGGAGUAUGUGGCGAGGCUUAAUGAACAAUCUGUUAUAGCAUCCGGGCAUCGAAAAGAGGUAUUUGCUGAUGGAUGUGAUGCAAAUGGAAGACGAGUGAAGCAGCGGUUGCAUUGA